UAAACAAAACCCGAAAUACGGCUUUUAAAUUAAAACGAAUCAGUUAGUGUUUACGGUACGUUUGUUGCUAGCUAAAAUGAAUUUAAAAAUUCCAUUUUCAAUAGUUUCUUUAAUUAUACUUAAUCUUUUGAUACCAUCAAAUGCUGUUAACUCAAAUGCUGUUAACUCAAAUGCUGUUAACUCAAAUGCUCAAAAAUCGAAUUCUGGACCAUUAAAGGUAUUGGAGAAUGCUGGUGGACCUAUAGGUAAUGUAAUGACUCUAAUAAGCUUUUUCAAAGAAUUAGUUUCUUCGGGUGACGAUAGUCAAGAAAUAUAUCAGAGACGAUUAACACAAGCAUUUAAUGACAUACAUGAUAUAAGUAUAAAAGUUGACGGUAUGACAAAGGCAAUAGAAAAUUUGGGAACUACAAUUGUCUCAGCCCUUAAUCAAAUAGAAAUUAACAGAGCUAGGAAUGAGCAUCUAGUAACUAUGAACAAUAUUCUGGAGGAAUCGAAAGAACUUGACAGCCAAUUUCGUCAAUCACUUUUGCCCCUUGUAUUAAAAUAUAAAACUGCUCCACAACGAGCUAUCAAUGACUUUGAUAACAGCGUAAACAUAUAUAACAACAUUUUAAAUAAACUACGUUUAAUUGGUCGAUGGACUAGUGGUUUAGCACCGGAUGAAUUAGAUAGCAUUCAGCAGAAUGUAUUCUCAAUUGCAAUGAGAUACUACCAAUCAUUAGAGAAAAAUAGAAGUUACUGCGGUGAAUCAUCAAUUUACAAUAAAUUACAUCAACUCUUUGAAUAUAUGUUAGCAACUGUCAGCGAAGGAUACAGUAUGGUUUUUAUGACUUACGAAUUCCGCCAAAGAAGUCCUGGAAAUACAGCUAAUUGGCGUGAUCAUCAAAUGAAUAUUUUAAAAGAAUAUAAAAAUAUAGUGGUUGAUAUGACCGCAUCAGCAACCAGUUAUCUGAAUAAAAUUGAUGAAACGGCAUACAAAAAAUCACAAAGUUGUGACCCGGAGAAAUGGGCUGAAGGUGUGAAUUAUAUUCGCUUAAAAAAUCAUGUUUCGUAUCAUGAACCAAGUACAAGAUGGAACUUUGAUCGAAAUGCAAAAAACUUAAUUAAUGAAAAGCCAGAAAGGGAAUGCAACAGUACACAAGUAUUUUGGAAUCCUUCAGCACUGUCAGACGGUGUUGUAUACAGUUUAAACUGUCCACAUAUUUUUCUCGGUGAUUAUACUGGAGAUAGAACAUGUAAAAGAUUUCAAAAUGACAAAUUUACGAAAGCUAAAAAUAUAGAUUGGGAAUCAGCAUGUGCUACUGGAGUUAAUUCAAGACUAGAACAAUUAUGUGCUUGCGAUAAACAAGUCGAUCAAGAUACUAGUAUACGAACAAUAAGUUUAAGAGAACAUUACACUGAUAGUGCUGAUAGUCGAGUUGUCACUGGAAUACGAUUUAUUGUUAAAAAUAAUAUCGUUACGAUACGAAUUCGAGAAGGUAAAUUAGUCAAUGGUAUUAUAGACCCCCAAACCGUUAAAUGGAUUGAUGAUGAUGGUCAGCGUCCUCGAAUGGGUUCUGAUACAGUACAACUCAGUUAUGAUAUACGAGCGUUCGAAUUAGAUGACAUAGAAUUACCUGAUGAACACUUGGUAACAGGAGUCAAAUUUAUCGUGACAAACGAAAAGCGCAUAUCAUUAGCAGUAAGAGGAUCAGCUAUGUAUAACGAUAGAAGAAGAUUUUUCCCAUCAAUUCAUGAUCGAUGGUAUUUUUCAACACCUGAUCGAGAUAUAGCUAGGUUUAAUAUUGAUAUAAAAUAUUUAAAAAAUCCAGUUGAUUUAAAUAAUCAUAAUCAUGAAAUGAGCACUUCAGGAUUGAAUUACAUUGAUUUCUCAUCAUCAGUGUACUCUUCAAAAGAUAAAAACAUUGCAAUUAUACCAUUUAUAGAUUCACGCGAACUUGUUACUAAUCCACCAAUCGCUCUAGGCGGAUUAGGAAUAUUUUACAAAAGUAAACCCGGUUAUGGUGGAUUUAUAGCGUUCAGAUAUAUCACCGCCAAAUACAAUCUUCACCUUGACAAAGAUUAUGCUCAAGCUAUGAAUACUUCUUUAUCAGAGUUAUUAAACUAUUUAGAGUGAUAUAAAUAUCUCGAUGAAAAUUACUUAAAACAUUCCUAUCAAAUUCUAACGAAAUCUUUUUUUUUUUUAAUGAGAGGUUAAGUACAGAAACAGUACCAUUUUUCUAAAUUUUAAUUCUCUUAAGAAUAAUUCAUAUGAAAGAUUAAACCGUUAUACAACCAUCGCACAUUUAAAUAGAUUGAAGUUUCAGUAAGAGCACAGAACUAUACAUAUAUGUACAUCAAGUCUUACAAACUCGAUGUGGAAAAUGAACUCAAGUUAUUAUACAUUAUUUUUAAAAAUUUUCAUGCAUAAAAGUAACUCACCACACUAAAACAUUCUAUACCAGCAGAUUUAGUAUCAAUUUCUGUAAAAAAAAAAUCAUUUCAAUUAAUAAAUAUCUUUCAAUUGAAAAAACUA